GGAAAGGAAUACUACUAGGGCUUAUUUUUACCCCUUUUUAGAAGUAUCAAUAAACCUAUAUAUACUUAAUAUUGAUAUAGAUAUAUAUUUAUCCAAUAUCAGCACAUAUAUCUGAAACUUACAAUUACCCUUACUACAUUUUUUAAGUAAUCAUUAACUAAAGUAAAUAAGUCAUGAACCACGAUGACGCAAUGUGGAAUGUUAUGGGGCAGGGAUUUUGCUCUUUCAAGGUAAAGACUCAUGACGAUAAGGUGCGUUUUUGUCGAAAUCCUUACAACAUCACCGGUUUAUGUCAGCGCGGGGUUUGCCCUUUAGCAAAUGGACAGUACGCCACGGUUAUCGAGCACGAGGAUGAGCUUUAUCUUUACGUGAAAACCGCCGAGCGCGUCCACCUUCCACGGCGACAAUGGGAAAAAGUUAAACUUGACAGCAGCUUUCCAAAGGCACUCGAACAAAUUGACGAGGAGCUCCAGUGGUGGGAUCAGAAAUUAGUAAAUAAGAUUAAGGCCCGUCUAUUGCGUCUGAAGCAGUAUUUGAUGCGUAAGCGGAAGAUGCUGAUGGAGCCGGAGGUGAAGUAUGUUUCGGUGAACAAACGGCAAGAGGAUAAACUCCUUCGUCGGGAGGAGAAGGCUGAGGCGGCUGCUCGGAUUGAGAUGGAAAUUGAGAAGGAACUCUUAGAUCGUCUUCGUCGGGGUACCUAUGAUAGCGUGAUGAACGCAAGCAAGGAAGUCUUUGAGAAGUUUCUCGAUGAGGAGGAGAAUCGGGAGGAGUUUGAUGCGUUAGAAGCGGGCGAGGAUGAGGAGUUCCCUGAGUUUGUAAUGGAUGAGGAGGAGGAUUUAGAAGAGGAGCUGGAGGAAGAUGAACCAAGUACGUUAUCGACGGUUAAAUCACGUAAAGUAAAGGAUGUAGUAAGGAAUAAUAAGGGUAGUAUUAACAACGCUCGAUGCCGCCGCGAGAAGUUGGUUAUUGAGGAAGAAGUAGAACGAGAACCACGAACGACGCGGCGUGUACGGAUAGAUGAGUCAGAUUGGUAGAGGACUUCAAAAUUUUUUUCAGAAAGAAAAUGAAUUAUGGUAGUUCUCGGGAAAGAUUUCAUUUCUUUCUGUAUUUCUAUUUUUGAUACGUUUUCCUGCUUUGCAUUGUCCUCCUUCAUGCUUGACAUCACGACAAAGGUAAUAUCACAAUUUUUUAAAAUGUGAAUACAUGCUCUUUGUUUUGUUUUCUACAGGUAAUAACUAAAUACAUUGUGAAAAAAAAUCGUCACAUUAUUCCAUCGGGUAAAGCUAACAAUAUAUAUUUUUUGUAAAUGCAACAUAAUGGAUACUUCUUCGGGGUUGUUGACAUAAUAA